CGCGCGACCCCCGCGACCGCUCAUUUCCUACUCGUACGUUCGAUUUCGUUCGACACGAGGGAUGUUGCACGGCGCCGUUUCGGGCUCGUAGGAACCGUGAUAUUCGAAGAGAAGUCGAAACGGAACGUUCGCGGAGUAUCCAGAGACAAGGAGGUGAAGUCUCAUUAAUCGGCGUGCCUGAUUCUCGCCGCAUCGGUCACAAUUGUCGGUCCUCAGCACCAUGGCGAUGAACGUGCCGUACGAGGCGAUCGGCAAGGGCUUCGUCCAGCAGUAUUACGCGAUGUUCGACGACGCGGCGCAAAGGCCGAACCUCAUAAACAUGUACAAUGCGGAGACAUCCUUUAUGACGUUCGAGGGCUUGCAGAUACAGGGCGCUAUCAAAAUCAUGGAGAAAUUAACUAGCUUAUCCUUUCAAAAAAUAAAUCGGAUAAUAACAGCGAUUGAUUCGCAACCAAUGUUCGAUGGUGGAGUUCUUAUUAAUGUAUUAGGAAGGUUGCAGGCAGAUGAGGAUCCACCACACGCCUUCUCGCAAUGUUUUGUGCUGAAACCAAUGGGUAAUUCAUACUAUUGUCAGCAUGAUAUCUUUCGCCUUAGUAUUCAUGAUAGCGCAUGAACGAGGAAGAUCAAGUAAAUGCGAUGAGCGUGUAAACAGACAAGUUGUCGAGUGACGGACAUCCUGGAGAUCGCGAUUAAUAAGUGAGCUACCUAAUCUCAUCGAUAAUCUUCUCGUCACAAUCACAUCCUACCUAUCCCUAUUCUUUCUAUAGAUAUUACAAGUUUUAUAUGAAGAAUAUCUCCGCUUAUAUCUUGGCCACGAAAAAAAAAGAGAACGAAUCGAAACAUCCGAUAUUACACAGUUUAAAUCAUUUCGUCGGUUUUUUCCGUAUACAACAUACACACACACACACACACACACACACACACA